AUGACAGACCAACUAUACAAUCCCCUCAACCAUCUCACACAAGCAGAACUCAUGGAGAAGUUCAACCUCGCUUUUUACGAAGCGCAGACUCUCACUAAAAGUGAUAUUCUUUCAACAUUCAACGAACCGGCGUUAUCCGAAACUGAAAAUUAUUCUGAUCAAGUCACCGAUGAUUAUCUCAUAGACUAUUUAAUUUCCAAUGAUUCUCCAGUAAGUACCCCUAACAGCGAAAUGGAUAUUAAUUUUGAUUUUGAUGAUUUCGAAGUUGACUUUGACCACAACACCAAAACAAGCGUGGAGGAAAACUUCGAUACGGAGACGUUCACAACUGAAAAUUCUUUCUCGGAAUCCUCAACAUACGAAGGCUUCUCAAAGUUUUUUGUUCCUCCUCCGUUUGGUGGAAACAAAUUUGAAAUUAAGAAUGGAGAUUAUAUUAAUUUAGAAAAUAUUAACAUUACUACUGAACUAGUGGACGGCUCAUAUUUGUUAGAUGACAACGAAGGCAACUUGACAGAUGAAAAAAAUUCGGAUGAUAAUGAAUGCAAUGGUUUUUUACCACCAGUAGAAACCAUAAGAAAUAAUACGAAUUUUAACAAUUUUUUACGAAAAACUGUAAGCAACGAUUUGGAAUUUACUAACCAGGAUUGUGCUGUAUCUAACAAUGAAUAUGGUCAUUUACUGAACUCAAAAUGUUCAAUACAGUUUAUUGACAACAGUAUAACGCAGGAUCCAUCGGCAGCAUUUUUCAACAUAGAGGAGAAUCAAAUGGUACUUACACAAAGUGAAGCUCUUCUUAACGACGAUCCUUUUCUUAGUUCAACCAAUUGUGCACAAAUUAAAAAUGAGACUGAAAUUCAUGAUGUGGAAGAUCUAGAAUGUGAAGAGGUUAGCAGUUCGGUAAACGUACAGUGUAAAUGGGAAAACUGUUUUCAGUUUUAUGAAUCACAGACAUGUCUAGUCAAACAUAUUGAAAAAUCCCAUGUAGAACUAAAACGAGGAGAAGAGUUUACUUGUUUUUGGACAAACUGUCCAAGGAAAACCAAACCAUUUAAUGCACGAUACAAACUGCUGAUACAUAUGAGAGUACACAGUGGGGAGAAACCAAAUAAGUGUCCUUUUAAAGGAUGUAACAAAGCUUUUUCAAGACUAGAAAAUUUGAAAAUACAUCAGCGAAGUCACACAGGAGAAAGACCUUACGUAUGCCAAUUUUCGACGUGCCCAAAGAGCUUUUCCAAUAGUUCCGAUCGAGCCAAACACCAGAGAACUCAUUUUGACACCAAACCAUACGCUUGUCAAGUACUAGGUUGUGCCAAAAAAUACACGGACCCGAGUAGUCUCCGCAAACACGUAAAGAAUCACACGUUUGAAGAACAAAUGCAGAUAAAGAAAAAAACGAACGAUGCCGGGAUUAGCUUCACAUCGCAAUCAUUUGUUAAAAAAUAUUUGGAUCCCAAUAAGCAAAAAGCAGUUAGAACUUCAAACAUCUAUUACAACACCAAUUUUGACCAUAGUUACUCUUCCAGUUAUGUAAUAGAUAAAAAAUACAAUAUGAUUAAUGUUAAACAAGAUUUGAAAAAUAAGUUAACAGAGAAAAGUAAGCUUAAAAAAGAAUGCUACUGAUUGUAAAGUUAAGUUUAUAUUUCAAGCAUAAAAUCCAUCCGGAGAUGUGUUGUAUUCAGAUAUUAUUUAACCCAUUAACGCCGUUGUGAUUUUUUUCUGAAAUUUCUAAAUUUUACAUACAGUCUGGGCAGAUUGUCGAAAAAUGGGCCAUUUUUGGAAAGACGAAGGUAUAAACAAUAGGAUGGUAAUUUACAAACCAUUACCUUUUUAUUUCAAUCCUCUCUUUCUACGUAGGUACAAAUUUUGAUAUCUUCAAUAGACUUAUAAAAUAUUUAUAUUGUAAUAAUAAAAACGAUCGGAAUUACGCGUGAAAAAUUACUAAAAUACCAAAAUCCCAAUCAAAAACAAAGUUGAAGAAAAUAUAAUCUCAACGUUUUAAAUCGGUAUAUGUUAAAAAAAUGUAUUUUCGCGGCUUCCCAUGGAACAAUUUUCUUCAUUUUUUUAUUCCCAAGUAGCUCGAGUUAAGCCACCUAACUAACGUAGCUAUUACUAAAUGCUUUAGUUUUGUUAUAAUAAAUUAAUUUAUCUAUUAAAACAAAAAUGUUUAUAAUAUUGUUUUAAUAAUUAUACAGCUUUCAAGUGAGAAUAUUUGCAUUUUGAAAGUUACAAGGUAGGUGCACGUGUGGUAAGUCUUUCUAAAAAAGUCUACAACUGGAAAAAAUAUGUAGUUAAAUUUUGUUAUAAAUAAAUAAAUGUAUUAUAACAAAACUAAAGCAUAUUUUGAAUUUAGUAAAACUGCUCCAUUAGAAAAUACAUUUAGGCCGAGAACAUACAUAUUUAUGUUUUUAAAGUAAGUAUGCCGAUUUUGAACGUUGUGAUUCUAUUUUCUUCAACCUAGUUUUUAACUAGGAUUUUGGUAUUUUUGUAAUUUCAUGUUUUAAUAAUAAUAUAAAAAUAAUAUAAUAAUAAGCCAGUCAGCCAGUCAACUUUGACUGGAACAUUGAAAAAACAAAAUAAAGUCUAAUCCACUUUGCUAAUGUUAAUGAAAAUCGAAAAACAAAUAAAUAAGGUUGUUAGAAGAUGUUAAAUAUAUUUGCCACUUCCUUUUUCCUGACAAAUUAUAGUUUUUUUACUUGAUGUAUUUCAGGUUUGAGCUACACUUUUCAUCUUUUCUCUCCCUUAUUCCUCUCUCGCUUUUUUCUCUUUCUCCUAUAUUAUGUAUCUCUUUAUUUUUAUCACUUUUAUAUUAUUGUUUUCUUGAUCAUUGUUAUUUAUUAGUUUAAUAGUAUAUGUGCUAUUGACCAGGUCAAUUUUUAUGUAUUCAGCUUGGGUUGAUAACUAUUAGUCUGGGCAGAUUAUAGGAAAAUAUGCCAUUUUUGGGAAAAGUUAUUUACCAGCAAUUUUAUUGCUGAAAUCGAAUCUUAUGAUUCUUAGAUAUACAUAUAUUAAUAAUAUAAGUAGAUAGUGUGCUACUUUUUUUUAUAAACAAAAUGACGCCCCUAAAUCGUGCUUUUUUGAAGUUAUACUUCUUUAGGCGCGAUUGAGAUUGAGGGUGAAUUUAUAUUGAUCUGCGCGCAUGCGCACACCGACAGUUUGGUAUUAUUCUUUAUACGGGCUCUGAUUGGGUGUUGAAAUGAUCUGUCAAUAAUUGUUCAAUAUGGAGGUUAUCGGUAAACAAAAAUGUUGUAUAAUAUAUUAGUUUUUAUUGUUGUGAGGACAGAAAUAAAAUCAAAUUUAUAAUUAUAGUUACUUUUUAAAUAGUUUUGAAAAGCCACAGGUACGUAAUUCUAAAUGUUUCAGUUGUAUUCCAAAAAAAAAUUAUCUUCAUACCUAUUUAGAAAAUGUAAAAAAAAUAAUGUACUUACCUAGUACUUGCUAUGCUAUACCCUUAGUAGGCAAUGCUUUAAUUUACAUAAUCUAAUUACGAACAAACUUUCUACAAAUUUUCAUCUAAUGUAUCGUUUUCUUACUCUAUAUAUUGUUGUAUUUUAAUUCGACAAAAAUCAAACUAAUAAAAAUUCAUAUAAACAAAAUGUCAAAAAGUUGUUGAGUUUGUGUAUAUUCUCACAUGACGUAUACGCGAAGGUGGUGCAGUUUGAAAUCGCUUCGACUCUCGUACGGCGGGAUAUACGGGAAGUAGGUUCAAGCCCAAUGCAAGUUAUAUCAUUUUUUUAUUUUUUUUAUAGAUUUUAUGAUUGUAAGUAUAUUACUAUAUAAUUUUUUUUAGAAAAUACGUAUUUAAUUAAAAUGUUUGGCAACAAUUAUUGUUCAGAAAUCAUUUGUGGCAUUUUUCAAUAUGUUUGUGUGUGUUUUAUUCUUUUAUUUUUUUAAUUUUUGGUAUUGUUUUAAUAAAAAUUUUUGGAAAGUAGUAGAGAAACUGUUUAAAGUAUAUUGAUUUCGUUGAAAUCAUAUAAUAGAAGUAUAACUUCUUACGUGCAUACAAAGUAGGUACACACAUUUUUUUUUUCAAUUAUUGCUCUAUAAAUCCAAAAAAUUUAACUUUACAAUAAAAAUAGCCAAAUAAAAAUUCACCGUAAUUAAAUUCUGCAUAGAGACAGGUUUUUACGAUUUUCUUCGACGAUAAUUUUCUUCGGAAAAUGCGGGUUUUUCCAACAAAAUCUUUAAUUUUCAACUAAAAUUUUAGAUAAGUAAUCAUUUAUUAAUAAUUAAAUAACUUGGUGACGUGGAAACCCUUUAAUAUAGAUUAUAUUUCCAAAAGCCGAUGGAAACUGAACGAACAGUUUAGCAACAAUUAAAUUGUUAAUAAUUAACAAUUUUCGGCCGCUAUAAUAACCAUAAUUAUUAUGAUACAUACGAAUAGCUAUGAUUUUUGUAUAAAAUGGCACUAUACCUAUCUAAUGUACUUUACAGAAUUGUGGUUAUUAUAGUGACCGUAAAUUUUUAAUUAACAAUUUAAUUGUUGCUAAACUGUUCAUUCAAUUUUCAUCGGCUUCCGGAAAUAUAAUCCAUACCAAAAGGGCUUUUAUGUCAACAAGUUUAAUUAAAUACUUGCCUAAAAUUUUAGUUGAAAAUGUAAGAUUUUGUUGGAAAAAUCCGCAUUUUCCGAGGAAAAUUUUGGUCGAAGUAAAUCGGGAAAAACAUGUCUCUAUGCAGAAUUUAAUUACGGUGAAAUUUUUUUGAGUGUUUUUGGUGUAAAGUUAAAAUCUUUGGAGUUAUACAGCAACAAUUAAAAAAAACACGAUUUGGGGGCGCCAUUUUGUUUAUACAAAGAAAGUAGCACACUAUCUGCGGACUUUGCAUAAAUAUAUUAUUAAUAUAUUAUAGAAUCAUAAAAUUAGAUUUCAGCAAUAAAAUUGCUGGCAAAUAACUUUUCCUUGUAUUUUGCUAAUUAGCCCAGAGUAUAUUGACUAUAACGAUAGGUUAGUUUUUGAUAGAUAUCAUUCAUCAUUAUCUUUGCCUUAUCCCUAUGCGGGGUCGGCUUCCCUAAUUGCAUUUCUCCAUACAAUUCUAUCUUGAGUCAGUUUUUGAUAAAUAUAAUCUUCAUAUAUCCAGUAUACACAUUUUAAAUACAUAAUAUGUCUGAAAACAACAUAGAUUUGCUUUGGAUUGAUUGUAAUAACUGUAAACAUAUUAUGUAAAAUUAAGGGACCAAAGUGAUGUGAUAAUUGUAAUAUAAAUAUAGAAAUUUUGUACUUAAAUAUUUUUACAUAAAUAUGUAGUAUAAUUUUGUAUAUGUGACAUUUUAUUUUAUGCAUAGAAUAAACUAUUUUUACAAUUA